UGGAAAUAGAACUAUGUGUAUGAAGAAUAUAGACCCCGUUGCGGAUCAAAUUGUCCUGGUCAAGGAGAGAUAUGCGGGUCCUAUUGGAAUUAUGACAACCAGUACUGGAGCACCAAUAUCUUACACUGACGCAACAAAUUCUUUGAAUACUGUACUAAUGAAUACCAGAAAUUUAUUAGAAACAUUAAGUCAUCUUAACCGGGAGAGAAUUCCUGAAAGAGUGGUACACGCCAAGGGUGUUGGAGCUUUUGGUUAUUUUGAGGUCACUCACGAUAUACGCUAUAUUUGUAAAGCUGAAAUGUUUAGCAGAAUAGGAAAGAAAACUCCAGUUGCAGUUCGUUUUUCAUCUGUGAUAGCCGACAAAGGUGGUACCGAUGUCGAAAGAGAUGUUCGAGGUUUCGCAGUCAAAUUCUAUUCACAAGCUGGAAAUUUCGAUAUAGUAGGAAUUAAUUUACCCAUGUUUAUUUUGAAAGAUCCAGUUAAAUUUCCUAAUUUUAUUCAUGCGAUAAAGAGAAAUCCGGCCACUAAUAUUAGAGAUUUCAAAACGUUCUGGGACUUUUUUUCAUUAACUCCUGAGAGCUUUUCUCAGCUUCUAUUACAAUUUAGUGAUCUUGGAAUUCCGGCUAGUUAUAUCAAUACUGCUGGCUUCAGUGUUCAUACUUAUCAGGUUGAAAACGAGCAUGGAAAACCAUAUUAUGUUAGAUUUCAUUUCACACCUGAUGCUGGAAUAAAAACUUUAACGACAGAACAAGCCAAAAUAAUCGCAGGAGAAGAUCCUGAUUAUUACAAUAGAAUUUUGUACAGAGCUAUUGCAAAUGGAAAGUUUCCUAGUUGGACAGUCGGCAUACAAGUCUUAACUUUGGACGAUGUUAAAAAAUCUAAUUUCGACGUUUUUGACGUUUCAAAAUCACUUCCAUUAGAUAAAUACCCUUUAAAAAAAGUGGGUAAAUUAAUACUAGAUAGGAAUCCCAAAAAUUUCUUUGCUGAUGUAGAACAGAUGGCUUUUAGCCCCGGCAAUCUGAUUCCUGGUAUCCUCGGGGAUCCAAGUAAGCUAUUUGAAGCACGUCGCUUCGCGUAUAUGGAUGCUCAAUUCCACCGUUUGGGUGCAAACUUCAAUAAAAUAUCUGUAAACUGUCCUUAUCGUACAAAAACACUAACAUAUAAUAGAGAUGGAACUCCUCCAGUCAAAGACAACGAAGAAGAUAUUCCAAAUUACUAUCCAAACUCGUUUAAUGGUCCAGUUCCUUAUAUGGAUACACAUAAGUCACAACUAAUUGAAAUUGUUGAAAACCCAGAACCAGAUAAUUUCGACCAAGCAACUGAAUUCUAUAAUAACGUAUUGAACAGUGAUGCACGAAGUCGAUUAAUUAUUAAUAUAGUCUCUACUUUGAAACUAAGUACCCCCAUGACACAGAAAAAAGUAGUAGCAAUAUUUGAAAUAAUACAUCCAGAUCUAAGUCGUCGAGUAGCGCAAGGAUUGAAUGCAACUCAGACAUCAGAAGAAUGUGUCAUUUAAUA